AUGACAGCGAUGCUCUGGGCCGCGGCCGCGCUGAUCAGCUUUUCGAUCCUGGUCGCCCUGGCCGGGCGGAUGACCGGCUUCGGCACGGUGAGCAACCCGACGGCGACGCCGCGCGCGGCCUACGACCUGACCUUCGCCGACACGGCGGCCGGGGCGGUGGCGAUCGCCGACGCCGUCAGCGGCGCGCCGGUGAUCGCGCUGGAGCCGGGCACCAACGGCUUCGCCCGCGGCGUGCUGCGCGGCCUGGCGCGCGACCGCAAGCUGGAAGCCAUCGGCCGCGCCGCGCCCUUCCGCCUGACUAGCUGGUCGGACGGGCGGCUGACCCUGCGCGACGUGGCGACCGGCCGCGAGGUCGAGGUCAACGCCUUCGGGCCGACCCAGAUCGCCACCUUCGCGCGGAUCCUCGAGGUGCCCUGCACCGUCGAGGUGGCCAACACCUUCGAGAGCCUGCACGCCCAUGUCGAGUUGGCGGCCGAGCGCGACCUGCGCCCGGGCGACGCGGUGCGGGUGCACGGCCCGGCGAUCCGGGCCGCCGACGGCGAGACCUUCACCCUGGCGCGGCGCGCCACCGUGACCCGCGCCGGCUGGCUGCGGCGGGAGGAAGCUAUGAGCAGCCGCGCCGCGCGCCGCAUCGCCCCCGCCGACAACGAGUACGUCACGGCCGAGCUGGCCAAGAACGGCAUCGCGCCCGAGGCCGCGCGCGCGCCCAACGCCGCGACGCUGGCGGCGCAGGAGGACACGCUGCUCUCGCCGCGUUUCUACACCACCGACUUCGACGCGCUGGACGCCGUCGACGUGAGCCCGGUGCGCGCCGAGUGGGACGCGCUGAUCGCCGAGCUGGCGGCCGACGGCAACAAGCGCCACUUCAAGCGCGACCCCGACUGGGCGGCGGAGAUCCGCGCCCUGCCCGAGGAGCUGCGCCGGGAGUUCAUGGACUUCCUGAUCUCCUCCCUAACGGCGGAGUUCUCCGGCUGUGUGCUCUACGCCGAGAUGCGCAAGCGCGGCACCAACCAGGACAUCAUCGACCUGUUCAAGUACAUGAGCCGCGACGAGGCGCGCCACGCCGGCUUCAUCAACGACGCGCUGAAGGACUUCGGCAUCGGCGUCGACCUGGGCUUCCUGACCAAGACCAAGACCUACACCUACUUCCAGCCCAAGUUCAUCUUCUACGCCGUCUACCUCUCGGAGAAGAUCGGCUACGCCCGCUACAUCACCAUCUUCCGCCACCUGCAGCGCCAUCCGGACAAGCGCUUCCACCCGAUCUUCAAGUGGUUCGAGCAGUGGUGCAACGACGAGUUCCGCCACGGCGAGGCCUUCGCCCUGCUGAUGCGGGCCAAUCCCCACACCCUGCGCGGCCUCAACAAGCUGUGGAUCCGCUUCUUCCUGCUGGCGGUCUUCGCCACCAUGUACGUGCGCGACCACUCGCGCCCGGCCUUCCACGCCGCGCUGGACCUGGACAUCGACGACUACGACAUGCAGGUCUUCCGCAUCACCAGCGAGAUCUCCAAGCAGGUCUUCCCGCUGACCCUCGACCUCGACAAUCCGCGCUUCAAGGCCCUGAUGGACCGCCUGUUCCGCACCGCCCAGCGGAUCGACCGCGCCAAGCGGCGCGGCGGCCUGGGCGGCGGAGGGGGCGCCCGCGCCAUGACCGAGUUCGCCGCCCCGGCCCUCUUCGCGCUGUUCCUCUGGUGGUGGUCGACCGGGGCGAUCCUCUGGCUGGUCGGCCUGCCGCGGCGCAGCCACCCCUGGUCCAUGGCCGCGGCCAGCCUGCUGCUGCUGCCGCUGGCGCUCUGGGGCCUGCUGGCCAGCGGCGGCGAGACCGGGCUGCUGGGCGCCUACCUGGGCUUUUCCGGCGCUGUCGGCGUCUGGGCCUGGCACGAGAUGAGCUUCCUGUUCGGCUAUCUCACCGGCCCCAACACGCGGCCCUGCCCGCCGGGCGCGCGCGGUCUGGCGCGGCUGCGCGCGGCCACGGCCACGGUGAUCUACCACGAGCUGGCGCUGGCGCUGACCGCCGGGCUGCUGGUCUGGGCGCUGUGGGACAGCCCCAACCAGGUCGGCGUCUGGACCUUCCUGUUGCUCUGGGUGAUGCGGCUCAGCGCCAAGCUCAACGUCUACCUCGGCGUGCCCAACAUGACCGAGGAGUUCCUGCAGCCGCACCUGGACUACCUGACCAGCUACUUCCGCAAGGGCCCGGUCAGCCCGCUGUUCGCGCUGGCGGUGACCGGUGGCACGGCCCUGGUCGCGGGGAUGGCCUGGCGCGCGCUUGACCCGGCGACGCCGCCCGGCGAGACGGUCGGCCUGGUGCUGGCCGGCACGCUGCUGCUGCUGGCGGUGAUCGAGCACUGGUUCCUGGUCCUGCCGCUGCGCGAUGCGGCACUUUGGCGCUGGGCGCUGCGCGAGGCGGCGCCGGGUCUCACUUCUCCGCAGGAGGGCGCGCGGCCGGCGCGGCCGGGCGCGUCGCCCUGCGGCGGC